AUGAUGAGGACUAGAUGCAAUAAACACAAACAAAAUUUUAUUCAAUUUAUUUGUCUUUAAGAAGAUUGCCAAAUCAAUAAAUUAGGAUGUAUUAGUUGUUUUCCAGAUCAUGAUGGACACACUAAAUAAAAUAUGGAAAUAUAAAAUUUCUUUGAGAAAAUAUCUCAAAAAGAUAGAGAUCUUGAAUUAAAGUAUCUAUAACUAAUUAAUUCAAACUCAGUAAAGAAAAACAAAGAAUAAUUAAUCAGAUCUAUUUAAUAAUAAUGUAAAGCAAUUUAAAGCAGAGCAUUUAGUUUUAUAGAUCGUCAUUGUGAAGCUUUAAUAAAUAGUGUUUAAAAUAAGAAUCUUAAUGAUUCAAGUUCAUAAUUAAAGGUUAAAGCUUAUCAUGAUGAACUCGAACGCAUAAAAAAUAAGUCAACAUAUACGUUAGAGAAUAAAGUAUUUAAUUUAUUAUAUAAAAUAGGAGAUUGAAUUCUUAAUUAACUUUGUAUUAACAAAUGAUUAUUAAGAAAUGAUAGUUAGUGCUAUGCAAAUUAAAGAAAAAAAUAUUUAAGAAUUCUCCUAUGAUAUCAAUUAAGUAGUUAAUUCAAUAGAUUACUAACUUUCAGAACUUUAUAAUCAAUUAGAUUCUUAACUUUAAGGUUAAUUUACAUCCUCUCCAUCCUUUGAUUAAAAAAAUAAAAGCUUUCAACAUAACUAUUCAUUUACUCUUGGAAUCUUACCAAAAAGUCCAAAUCGAAAUUCUACUUAAGGAAAAUCAAAAUCUCCUCUAAGAUAAACAUCCACAAAUUAAUCAAGAAUGAAAACACCUGAAUCAAAUAAGAAAUAAACUAUUUCUUAUGGAUCAACUAAUAAAAUAUAGAUAUCUAAAUUUCUUGUUACUUCUCCAUUAAAGGAAGAAGAUGAUUUUAUUACUAAAAAUAAAAACUUAGAAUCACUUAUAACAAAUGUAUUAAUGAUUAAUUUACCAUCUAAAUAUUUAAAUGAUCAUUUGUAAUUCUUAAAAAGCAAUUAUAUUGAAUUCUAAGAUUACAAUAAAAUUACUCAAUUGGAAAAAAAUUAGUUAAUUGAAGAAUAAAAUUCUUAAUUAUUAUACAUUUUAUGGGAUAAUUUAAUGUUUGAAUGGCUUAAACCUACUUUCAAUUUAAAUAUUAUAUAAAUAAAAGUUUAUGAAAUAGAAAAUAAUUUUAGUUCAUUUUUGGAAUUAUUUGAUAAGCAAUUAAAAAUGUAUGAAUUUGUUGCUUAUGUCAUUAAAUAAAAAAUUAUUAAACCAAAAAUUGAUUAUUAGACAUGGUUUAUUUUAGCAAAUAAAGCAACCAAUUCAUAUAAAAUGUAUAAUAUUAAAUCAAGCAGUAAGAAGGUCAAUAAAGAAUUAACAAUCGAAGAUUAAUCUUUUUCUGGUAUAGAUUAGUUGAAAUCUGCAAAUGUAUAUGCAUAAUUUCCUAAAGUACUCCAAGAGCAUCUUAAUGGAAACUUCACAAUCGAUAAAGAUCUUAAAAUUAUCAUUAAAGGUAUCAUGGAUCCAAAUUUUUAAACUUAACUUUUAGCUGAAAGACUAUAGGUAUCAAAUAUUAUUAAAUUUAGAUUUUAUUAAAUUUAGUGACCAAUCCUUAAGUUGCUGCCAAUUUAACAUUUUAAAAUAUAGAAAAACACUUUGAUCAAGUCUUGAUUAAUUUCAAGUACUUUAUUAACUAUCUUAAUUUGUCAUUAAGAGAUACACUUCAAAACUGA